AUGGAUAUUGUGGCCUCAAGGCCUCAGGUCACGAAGGAGCCGACGUACAGUCUGACUCUGGCCCGGUGGCUUGAGACGUACGACACUGCGGAUGUUCGCAGACAAUUGGGAGCCGAGACAAUUCAAACCCAGCCUGGAAAUCGUCAAAUCCUGUCAAUCACUGCCGAGAAUAUGAAAAAGUCCAUUUCGGAUGCAACCGAAAAACACGGACGUCUAAACGAGGAUCCGUGGUUUCUCAGCAACACCGGAAUAAGCAGCGAUGCCGUUUACUUUCUUUCAAAUAUAUAUCCCCUUUCUGGCGGUGAACAGCAGGUUGAUACAAUCUACGCCGAGGUAUUCAACGCGAUCAUCAACGAGACGAACUCUCCUGCGCGCGCGCUCCAGGCCGUACGUUUCAUGGAGGCGAGAAUGGCGUACCACGAAAUGUUGCCUUUCUUCACGCGCGAGAACGAAACCACAACUAUUAUAGCCAUGCAAUCGACGUUAGUGCCAACGCGUCGCAGAGGCUAUUGGGCGGUGAUGUGCAUCCUUGGGGCCUUUCACAUCCUGCUCGCCGUUGUUUGCGUUCUAUUUAGCGCGACGAAUUACAGCUUACCGGAUAAUAUCUGGCACACCAUCGCACAAAUGUCCGAAAACGCCGAGAUAUCCAGGGUACUGUCCAGAGCUAAAGUCAUGACUGAUCGCGAGGUCAAGGCUACCGGCGAAGAGCGACAGGACGAUGACGACGAUCGAUUCGUCGUCCGCAACGGGGCUUUCGUCCGCGCCUCCCUCUUUUCCGCGGCCGCGACCGAAGAUCCGGAGAAGUCUUCAAACGCGGGCCAAGUCCGCCGCCGCUUCGUGAAACGAGCUUCGGACGAGUGA